AGUCUUAGUUGGUGUCUGACUCAGAUUUCAGGUUGUAAGACUUUUUCAGCCAAGCCGUUCUUCAUUUACGCAACUGGAUCAAAACAGUUAACCCUGAUGUACUCUAAACAGAGCAAGUUAUACUCCAUCAUUUUGUUUGCAGGUAACAUGAUUAUUUACAAAUUGUUUGUCCGUUUAACACUCAAAACCUAAAUGUUUAUUUGCACUUCUAUGAAUAGGUGUUUGUUCAAAAUGUAACAAAAAUGAUUCUGGUAACCUCUUUCAAAAACAUUUCGGGAGAGAGGGUAACUCACUGAAAAUUUCCUCUUUUAAAAAUCUGUUUAUCUAAGUCUAAUUUCCUUUAGCUUUUUUUUUCUCUUUAAUUUCCUCUUCCUGUCUUUAGGUCUAAACAUCAUAUAGCGUUACCGUUAUUUUACCGCGAAAAAGAUUGUGUUAUUUUUUCAGCUGAAUAUCCUAAUCUCUUCAAAACAAAUUUUUUAAGUUGCGCACAAAGGCUGAAAUAUAUUCUGUCUCCUUAACGGUUUAACUGAGUAUUCAUGAGAUAUCAAAUGACAUCACAGACACCUGCAUCUUUUCUUCGUUUCAUCAUGAAGUGCUACUUUUACAAACAUUUUGUUCAGAGCUACAUAUUUUACUAUUCUUUCGGUGUGGUUUGGGUGGAACUCCUAAAGUUAUCACAACAGUAUUAAUAUAAAAAAAUUGAGGUUGAUAAGCUGACGACUUUUUGCGUAACUGAGUCUAGGACAAGAGAGGAUGACUGGUUUCCACUAGAAAUGAAUUAGUAGAAGGACUAGCAAUUUUCUUUUGUGGACAGGUGUGGCACUUUUCCUGAAAGUGGACAUCGCUUUCUCAAGUAAGUCGUAUAUAGCAAUUUAAAUGAAGAUGUUGUCGGGUAAAUUUAUUCAUGGCCUUUGAGUUAUCUAAUAACUAAAGAUUCAAUGUCUUGGGGGCUCGGAAAGAUCGAAAGAGGAUUUUUCUUUCGUCCAGCGCGCAUAAGCCUCUCGAUCUAUCAGGCGCUAUCUCAACUUAACCUUUCCUAUAAGAGUGUCAACACAUUACCUCUUCGGUCACCUAAUCAGUGUAUUAUGUGACGGAUAUUUCAUUAAUUCAACGCCCGCAUGGUUCUUUGUGGAUCAUUUUAUCGCCUCGUUUCUGUUCAAACGAGGAGCCACAUGACUUGAUAUAUGUUUUAUUAAUAGCAGUUAAGCUAGGAGGCACACCCUGGACUUACGACCGAGGAAUAGCCGGAGCCAAAGGUACAGGAAAUAAACAGAAUCACGGUAUUUUGCAAAGCUCAUAGUUAACAAAGCCAAUGGAAUUUUACCGUGCGUAAGCUGCUUUGAUUUUCAACUGAGCAUUCCAAGUUAAGCAUAAUCGUUAUUGGUUUUUUUUCUGUCAAGGCCCGGAUGAAUGGGAAACGUUAAACGGUAACUGGUCUUGCAAUGGACGUAAACAGUCCCCAAUCGACGUGGGCACAGACCAGGUGAUGCAGAAAGACCCCACCAAUCCACCCAACCUGAGGCUGACAGUGGCGGGCAAUAAACCAAUCACCGGUGAGAUUAGGAACAAUGGAUAUGCGCCCACGUUCUUCCUCGCAGAGGAGUUGACGGUCAAGUUAGCAGGCGGUCUACUUCAGGAAAACUACUUUCUUAAGCAAUUUAAUUUUCACUUUGGCUGCAAUGAUACAGUUGGUUCGGAGCACACAAUUGAUGGCAACACGUAUCCGAUUGAGGUAAAAUCCGACAUCUUCUGGCUUUUGCUAAAACAGAGCUACGAGGCGUAAUUACAGAUUUUUUUAAAAAAACCAGUAAUUUCUCCUCCAUUUAAUCGUAAAGAGUAGAAAAGAAAAGCUCGUGGAUUUUGCAAACGUUAUUGAGAUGUUUACCACACUGAAUACCUUAAAAAAAACAGUCCUGUGUAUUCUAUUGUCCAUAAUUCUCCUUGUGCUUAUUUGGAAUUUCUGUUGUAUGUUAGUUGCACAUGGUAUUUUGGGACAACACUAAUUAUGCGACAUAUGAGUUAGCAGCUCAGGGAGAAGAUGGUCUGGCUGCGGUUGCUGUACUGUACGAGGUAUAUCAUUUAACUAUUUCUUCUCUAAUUUAUCUCUAGAAAUCAAGUCGUCUAUUGACGUAUUAGUGUUAGCUUUAUUAGUAAGGACAAAAUUAUGAGAACAUGCUUAUCAAAUAAAAAAUAAAUAAUUUGUACAAUUUAAUAAAUAACGGUUUAUUUCUCCUUUAAGUGAAUCUAAUAUUGGAAGAUCUCAAUCCAUUCUGAUUGUAGUUGGCUGUCUAACGUAUAGCUAAAGUCUUAGUUUCAUGCAGCAGCAAGGAUGUCGAAAAAUGAAUUUAAUCUACCAAGGAAGGCUGCUAAAAUAAAUAUUGGAAUAAAAGCAGCAUUUAAGACGUAUCUGAUCACAAAUUAGCUCCUCUAAGUAGACUGAAAUCUUAUGAGGCACAUUUUAUGCUGCAGCUUCCUAUGGCAAACAUCAGUGCCACACCAGCAAAUAAUGCUCUGGAAAAAAUUGCGCGUCUUCUUAACAACGUCGUCGAAGAGAGUAAGUAGUUCGCACACCUGUGGAUUGCUUAGAGUAAGCUUAUGUAUUACAGCUUUAAUUGAAAUUCAAACCCUUUGAAGAAAGAUCUCAGUCCUAACAUAUGUUUGACAUGCUAGCAUGAUGAUGUCAGCCAACGUUUGACCCUAGAGACGGAGGGGAAACUCAGUUCUUCAUAUAACUCAGUAUUUUUGUUCGCGAUAGACUGAAGCGAAUGAGGGGGACUGGGUCGAGAUAGAGACAAAAUUCAGCUCUCAGUUUCUAUCUUCAUACUAACCAUAUUUUACCUCGUCUUUUCAUAAACAGACAGCAAUUACGUGGUAACACAGAGCGAGGGGCUGCAUAUCGAGGACUUGGCACCAUUACUCGUAUCCCCGGAUGUUGCAGACAGGUUUUACAAAUACAAAGGAUCUCUUACGACUCCCGGGUGUUAUGAAUCGGUCACGUGGUUUGUGAUGAACAAUCAUCCACAGAUAACAGAGCAAGAAGUAAGAAAUCAUCUUUACACAGAUAUUUUCCAACAUCACACCUUAGAUUUCUUGAAGAAGGAAAACUUUGGGAGGAUGGCUUUCUCAGUGUAAAGUUAUAUACAAUGUGAAGUCAUUGAAAACACGAAGACUCUCAAAAAUAUGACUGUCCUCUUUCCCAGUUUUCAAACCCCAUUUCAGAAAUUAAGAAUAAUCUAUCUCUUCGUAACUCUUAACGUUAAGAGUCCAGAUUUUAAAAGAAACAACGGAAAGUUUCAAACCACUUGAAGAAUUCAAACCUGAGGAACUUUUAGAGAUUCUUUUAAUCCAAGCGCUGUUUUUUCAUCUUGAAAAUAGAUGAUGGCAUUCCGAAAUCUAAAGAGCAGCAAGGCGCAUGCUCAAGGUCCAAAUGUUGGUCGUAUGUGCAAUAACUUUCGAAACGUUAUGCCACUGAAUGGAAGACAGAUCCAUAGCAACAUCGUCCUAGAGUGAACAGAAAGUAUCCAUCUUUGUAUUUCUCAUAUCUACAGUAAGGUGAGUGUGUCUUAGAACAGACAUGAAUAAUUCAGAGCGUUUUAAAAUAGCUGUGUCACAGAGACCGCCUGACGAUCCUGGGUUCCCUUAAGCUUUUUUUAGCAUUUCUCGCAGAAGUGUUUAAAAGGUUUCCCAAAGUUUUUAUUUUACAAAUUUUUGUAAAAACCAAAACAAGUAUCAAACAUUCACAGAUUUGUUCUCAGGCCUGGUUUUCAGAUAUCACCGAGGAAGAAAGAGAUUGGAGACGCGGUUGUGUGCUUUCACAACGGUCAUACAUUGAAAAUAAUAAUCAAUGCGACGAGAAAAGGAGAUGGUAACCAGGAAAUUAAAAUGUAACAUAGGAUUAAAAAAGGAUUGGCCCUCGAGAAAUAAAUGAAAAUAUAGAGUUCAUGUAUGUGACAGGUUCUUGUAACAUUUUCGAUAUUUUAGGUUGAUUGAAGUUCUAAGGUGAAAGAAAUCCGGGUGGUAACGAGAAGGACUGGCACGAGCUCAUGUUAACCAUGGCUGGAAUAAAGGAAUGAACUGUUAUAUUAUGCUGUGACAAGUUGCAUUAGUUUUCGUCCUCUAAGAAGCAUGUUUGAAGGAAAGUUCUAUAGAUCACUCGAAAGACGAACAAUUAGUGGACACAUGUACAUGUAAUCCAAAUGAUGCAGACGCCUGUUAUAAUCAUAAAAGGUCUUAUGGUCUUGCAAUUUCUGCCUCCGGUGUCUGUUGCUUUUUUCCUUGUGAAAGUCAAGUUAAUGAUAAGUAAUUUUGGUUAAGUAAACUGGAACCGGAAUAUGAUCAGAGCGCUCGCAGCAUAGAAUUGGUUGGAUUGCAAUGAGUGCUAAUCCGUGCAUGCAAAAUGCAGCUACGAGACAUACUUGUAUAUGAGUUAAUUUGUUAAAUUCAUAAUUAUUGUAAAUCCCACGAUCUGCAUUGCAAGCAUCGCCAUCAGACUCCAAAAUGCUGGCAUUCGGACGGCUUUCUUCAAUAUUGCAAGCAAUCCCAGAAGUCCACGCACUUUUCUCAGAACAAAUGGUAUCAAGCCAAUGCUUAUGUCCUGGGAGACCAGCCAUGUCAGUUCAAGUUCUUAAGAGUGAGGAAUUUUUGUAAAAUUUGAGCAACUAAAUGUUGCGUGUCGUUCCCUUAAACAGCAGUCGUAGGCAUGCAGGAAGUAAAGAAUCGUCCCUAUAAUCAGCCACAGGAGAAGAAGAACAAAACAACAACUGGCAAGGUUGCUGAGAAGCGACUUCGACUUCGACUUGUCGCAAAAACUUUUAUUGUUUUUCAUUUUCGAACGUCAUUUCGUUCGUAAAAAAUUAAUCAGUUCUUUAAUUCUGAAUGAUUGCGGCAAAAGUUGAAGUUAAAAUAAUACACACCCUAACCCCUUGUUUUAAAAUAACCUAAAGAAGUUUAAACAAUCAAUGUCUCGCCUUUAUCUUUCAAACAACUGUGAACGACUGCAUCUGUUUAAUUCUUUUAAUUAUUUGCAAUCUGCUCCACUAGCGCUCGUAAAUUAAUGCGCGAGAGUUUUGUCAUGUUUUUAAAAAUGAUCAAAGUUUCUCCUGAGCCAUAAAAAUCACACAA